CACUCUAUCCAGUUAUAGCAGUGUGAAAUCAUGGCUCUCCUGUGGAUCCUCUCUUGCCUCGCCUUUUUUGGUGCAACAUACGGUUGUGGUGUCCCUGCCAUCACUCCUGUGAUCUCUGGAUAUGCCAGGAUUGUGAAUGGUGAGCAGGCUGUGCCCCAUUCAUGGCCCUGGCAAGUGUCUCUGCAGGACAGUACUGGCUUCCACUUCUGUGGUGGUUCCCUGGUCAAUCAGUACUGGGUGGUGACUGCUGCUCACUGCAAUGUCAAAACCUCUCACCUUGUGGUCCUUGGAGAGCAUGACCGCUCCUCUAAUGCAGAGAACAUCCAGGUCCUGAAAGUUGCAAAGUCCAUCAGGCACCCCAGCUACAAUUCAUUCACGAUCAACAAUGACGUUGCCGUGAUCAAACUGGCCACUCCUGCCCAGCUCAACACCCGUGUGUCCCCUGUGUGUUUGGCUGGGACAAGUGAUAACUUCCCAGGUGGCUUGAAGUGUGUCACAACUGGAUGGGGCUUGACCAGAUACAAUGCUGCAAACACUCCUCCUCUUCUGCAACAGGCCGCUCUGCCACUGCUGACUAACACCGAUUGCCAGCGUUACUGGGGAAGUAAAAUUUCUGACCUGAUGAUCUGUGCUGGAGCCUCUGGCGCUUCCUCCUGCAUGGGUGACUCUGGUGGCCCCCUGGUGUGCCAGAAAUCUGGAGCUUGGACCUUAGUUGGUAUCGUCUCCUGGGGCAGCGGCACUUGCAGUACUUCCACACCUGGAGUGUACGCUCGGGUCACUAAGCUUCGCUCCUGGAUUGAUCAGACCAUCGCCUCCAACUAAAGCCUUUACAUCCAGAGUGGCUUCACCCCAUUCUCUAUAUCUUCCUUAUAAAUAAAGAGAUAAUUACAAUGCA